CUCGGCUCGAACUUCAUGACAUUUAUGCCUUAACUUGUCCAGUGACAGUCUUUCUAUUUCUGUAAUAGUUCGUCUAGUAAAAUCUUUAACGCGCUCAAUUUUUAUGUCGCGCUACCCCUAGUCAGAAUGAUUAUUGUACAUGGAGUGAAAACUCCACUUCUUCGAUCUCAUCUGCACACUAAAAUUCCUCCGUGCUUGAAGUUAUGGGACGAAAAAUAUUAUGGUGCUAAGUUUUCGUCGAGUUCUCACUCUGAGAAUGCUAUCCCGCCUCCUAAACCACGAAGACUUUUCCGAAAGUUUUUAUUUUUUGGCGUUUUGUCGAUCGGUGCCUUCAUUGGUUCACUGUACACAUCUGAAACUGUCCGAAAUGAAUUAGUCACAUACUAUCCACCUUCAAAACAAAUGUUAAAUUGGGUUGAAAGUUCAAUUGGUGGAUGGUAUUCUAGUGGUUCAGGAAAACAACAAUCAGCUGUCACCCCACCAGUCAGCGAUUUUCCUCUCCCACCCAAACAAAAACCUGAACCCACUCCUCCAUCGAAACCUUCACCUAGUCCAGAACCCGCUAAUGUUGAGAAAGAAAAACCUCCCUUACCAACUGAAGAAGAGGUCAAAGAUAUGAUAAGUAGACGUCAUAUACCAUUGAUGAAUGUAGAGUUGAAUGAUUUGCCUAUUCUUGUCAGUGAAACAGAAAGUAAAGUGGAAAAUGCCAAAAUCAAAUUAAAAGAACUUGAAUCAAUCACAGUGAAAUAUAUUGAUGCACUUCGUGCUGCUGUACAGGAUAAUAAUUCGUCGUCUAAACAGAAAAAUUGGGAUGUUGUUGGACGACUUGAAAUGGCUAAAAAUAGAACAGAAGAACAAGUGGAACAAAUUGUUGAACAUACUAAUCAACAACUUGAAGAGUUACAUUAUGCUAUUGAACAGCACAAGAAUACAGAAAAGGCAUUAGAGAAUAAUAUUAUCCCUGAGUCAAUUGAAGCCUAUGGAAAUCUACAAUAUGAAUUAACUGGAGCUAUUAAUCAAGUACGUAAAUUACAGAAUGAUAUUGCUAUGCUUAAACGUUAUCGUGAUUUAGUCUCAGCUUCACAUGGUGACUUGCAAGAUGAUCUGGAAGCACUGCUAGAACAUAUUGAUAGAAAAACACCAAAUAAAGGUACUGAGUCUAUGAAUGUGGAUGAAUUGAAUGAUCUGAUUUCAGUGGCACAUGCUCGCAUUGCUUCAUUACAAAAGAAAUUAGAUCAUUUAGAGCAUAGUGAAAAAGAACGUAUGAAAUCAGCUAUGGAUGCACAACGUCGUGCAGAUGAAUCACUGCGUGAACAAUAUGUAAAACAAGAAUUAGAUUUGGAAAGAAGUAGACAUGAUAUUGAAAGGCAUAAAUGGUUACUACAAGCUCGUGAAAAUACAGAACGUGAGCUGAAAUUAGCACUGGCUAGACAUAGUGAACAUCUUUCACAUAUGUUACAAUUGGAACGAGAUAAAAUGGAGCAUGAAUUUCAAUUUCGUCUUCGUGAAGCAUUAGCUAAAGAAAGAGUUACCUUUGAAGCUGCACUUGUUGGCUGGCGGAAGCGUAUGGAAGCUAUAGAGGAUGUUGUUGAUGGCCGAGCAGAUCUAGAUAGAUUAGCUAAGGAAGCACAAUCCUUAUGGCUUGCAUGUGAAGCUCUAGCUUGUCGACUGCAUUCCGUUAGUCCAACAAUGAUGUCUCAUCAUAAGGCUAAAGAUGAUUCAACUUUAGUAAAUCAUACUGGAUCUCUGAAAGAUUUUGUUAAUUCAAUUCGUGAAUGUACUUCAUCUGGCAAUUAUCCUUUUGCUAAUGAAAUUCUGAAUAGUUUAUCUGAUGAUGUCAUUGAGAAAGGUGUUUGGACAGAAGUUGGAUUGAAAAAAAGAUUUGAAAAGGUGUAUAAUGUAUGCAGAAAUGUUACUUUAAUUGACGAGACAAGUGGUUCACUAUGGGAAUAUGCCUUAUCUUGGCUACAAUCUGCUCUCAUAGUUGAUAUGAAAUACAAAUGUCUACAAGCACUUUCAUUCAUCAAUCCAAAUGUUAUUGAUGGUGGCGGUGGUCAAAAACUUGACCUCUCUGCAUAUGAAGAGGAUGUUGUUGUGAUGAAACAGACCAAUUCACCUAAACUAGAUCCAUUCUGUUUACUGUCUGCUGCUAAACAAGCAAUGCUCAAUGAUCAUAAUAUUCUUUCAGACAGUGAUGAAGAUACUUGUAGCGAUGAAGGACUUGAAACAGCUGUACGCCUACUUGGACAAUUACGUGGUCAAGCCCGUGUUGUUGCUGAUGACUGGUUAGUCGAUGCUAGACAUUAUUUAGAAGUGAAACAGACAGCUAGAACUUUAUUAGCCUAUGCUGCUGCUCGUGAUAUUUCCACUUUUCAGAAACGUUUCGUUCAUUGUUGCACAUGGAAUGUUGGAGAUGAAAAACCGGGAAAUGAGGACUUGUCUUCUCUCCUUGGUGUAACUGCGAAACCAUUUCCAGAUGUUAUAAGCGUGGCACUUCAAGAGGUUUCGGGAGAAGAUUUUUGGCGGCAGAAGUUGAUGGAACAUCUUUAUCCCCGUGGCUAUGUCUUGAUCAAAUCUAGGAACUGCUGGGCUAUUUGGAUAUUUGCUUUUCUUAAACGAAACCUUCUGCCUGCAGUCACUAAUAUCGAGUCUGAAGUCACUGCGUCAGGAUAUGCUGGUGUUAUGGGGAACAAAGGAGGAGUUAGUGCAAGAUUUGAACUCUGUGGGAUAAACAUGAUAUUCCUUUCUUGUCACUUUACUGCUCAUAUGGAAAAUAAGCGUGACCGUUUAAAUGAUUAUUUUGAUAUAAUUGACCACCAAAGUUUCAGAGAUGAAGAUGUGAAUGUCAUUCUAGACCAUGAUUAUGUAUUUUGGAUGGGUGAUUUGAACUUCCGUAUUGAUCACUUCAAAAAAGAUGAAGUGGAGCAGAUGAUAAGAGAGAAUCGACUUGAUGAACUUUUGCGGCAUGAUCAACUUUUAAAUAUGAAAAAUGACAAACUGCUUUUCCAUGAUUUCAAUGAAGGCACUAUAUCUUUCCCUCCAACUUUCAAGUUUGACAAGGGUACAGAUAUAUAUGACAGUAGCAAGAAGCAACGGGUUCCUGCGUGGACAGAUCGCAUAUUAUAUAUGGUCCAUCGAGAUUUCGCUCUGGAUCAUCACCUUAAUCUUCCGCAAACUGGUCGACAGCGAUCGGUUAGUCCAUCUCGUCGGUUACCUGUUCGGGGACCACCAUCACAAGUGGAAGAAAAAUUCCCGUCGAAUGAGUCUAUUAAGGGUAGACAACAUCCUGAAGCUGUUCUGCUCAAAUAUACUAGUUUAAGUGAAUAUAAGUUAUCAGAUCAUCGACCAGUUAUUGCAGUAUUUCGAUUAUCUGUACCUCCUAGAUGGUUCAGUUUACCUGUUAGAUUUGAGGAACCUAAUGGUAAAGAAUAUUCAUGUUAUGCCAAUUUGGAUAUAUCCUACCGAGUUCUUGAUCCUCCUGGGCUAUUAAGACUUUCAGAAUCAAAUUUACUACUUUCACCGAGAGAGUCCAGUCCAGUAUGUGACUUUACCAAGUUGUUGUUACUCAACACACCAUUGAAGUCUAUAAAUCAACAAGGGAAUUCAGAAAAGCCAAAAGAUGAUAUAGGUCCAUUGGCUCCUCCAACUCUACAAACUACAUCAUUCGAUUGGAUAGGCUUGUAUCCAGCAGAAUUUGCAGAUUUAGAAAGAGAUUAUAUUACUUAUGUGUAUGCAUCAAGUAGUGUAUCGCAAACAAAACAUAGAAAAAACUCGUUGUCGUCGGCACUGUUACAAGCUCCAAAUGCAACUAACUCUCAAGAAUGCUUUUAUAAGGCUAAAAUUGAAUCAAAUCGAUUGAAAGAUUUAGCUGGUCAGUCAUUUUGUCUUGUGUAUAUGAGUCGUAACAAGCAUUGUCCGCAGGGGUAUAGUGCACCUUUCAAGAUUUCUCGCGUGAGUUCACGCCGCUAGUAUUGUAUCCGUUCCAUACAACUUAUAUGACUGACACACUUUGCUGUUUCACUAACCAAAUUAUAUACAACCCACGGGGUUUAAUGCUCUUCUCGCCAUCUUUGUUUUUGUUUCUCUGUCACUUUGAGUUUUAGAUCAUUUUUGCUGCUUAGCAUAAUUGUGUUUUACAAUUGCCCCUUCUUUUUGAAAAAAACAAUACGCGCGAUAAUUGGCUAGCCAGGUUUUUGUGUCUGGUGUAAUUUUGCCAUGCCUUCCGUUUGUUUCACCAUUAACUUAAUGUUUAUAUAUAUGUAUACAUGUCUAUAAUAUAACUGCUCUAGUUAACAGUUAGUCUAACCUUGCUGCAUUAACCAAAAAAUGUUUUUUUAUUAUUAACACUUACUACCUGAAUGCUGGCUGAGCACGCUUCACUUUUCGCUCUACAUCACUUAACCGUCGUAGUUUAUGCGCCUGGCUUACCUUCUCCUCUGCUUUGGAGUAGUGCACUAGCUACUUUUGCUGUUGUCACCUCCUCCUCCUCCUACACUGACUGCCGCUGCUGCCGCUCCUGAACAAAGGCACAAAGCCCCACAGCUAUUAUCUAUUUAAUUAACCAAUAAUAACCGUUAAUAAAUAAUUAAAUACGUAUAUGUAUUUUUAAAAAAGUUGUUCAUAUUAAUUAUUUUAUUUAGGUAAAGAAAUCAUCAUUCCAUUUAAAGAAAUUUGUUCCAAAAUUCUUAUUACGUAAAAGAAAAUAAUUGUUAAUCAGCUAUUAAUCUUGUCAUGCUAACUACUACUACUACUAUUACCACUCAUUUGUGUAUUAUUUCUCGUCUCAUAACUUAUUUGUAUAUUAUAAAGUAGUACUGCUAUAAGAUGAGAGAUUAAAUAAAAAAUAAUGUUUUCCGAUUAUUAUUA